AUGAAAAAGGUCCAAUUUACACCUGACAAGAUCUUCAAGUGCUCAGCUUUAAUCAAAGAUAUGAACGAAGAGUUCGAAAUCAUCUAUAAUGGUUCGAAAGUGUUUAAAAUGAAAAAAAUUGGAGCAGCCAUGCUUUCAAAUGUAAUUUAUAAUAAAAUUUCGAAUGAUUCAACAUUUUCAUCAUACAAACUACAGUUUACAGGGGAUGAUGAGCUCAUUAAAAACUUUUUCACACAAAUUUCUUCUUCAAAUGUCGACAUUUCCUUAGAUCAUGCCGAUCAAUACUUACAGAUAGCCAAAGAACUAGAGAUGCCAGAGGUUAUUGAAGUGAUUAAACUGAAUUCAGCCUUGGUUCCGAUUGAAAAAAUCGGAAUUCCUCUUAUUUUCACUGAUUACAACAACUUAUUGCAGUCAAUAGCUAAAAGUAUCAAUCAAGUACCAGAGAAUUGGCUCAUGUCCAUUUCAGAUGCUUUAAUUAUAGACAUUUAUAAUCAAAAGCCAAAAUUUGAAGACUGGAAUAUCUAUGUUCGCACAGUUAUUGGCCACCGCCUCUCUGUUCAUUACUUAAACGAAGUUUCAGUUUCGAAAUUAGAUUUAGAAACUCUAGGAAUGUUAAAUAUCUACUACAUCGAGAUGAACUCACAGGAAAGAAUCGCAGAAGUUGCAUUCCAACUCGUCAAAAUCGUACAAACCCUUCAAACAGAGAAAUCCGAGUUGAAUGAUUUAAUCGAAAAAGGAGUUCCAUUUGAUGACGAAAUAGACUGCACAUUUAUUAAGACAAGGAGGAGACACCAGCAAGGCACAUUCUGGAAAUGCCUGGAUUGCUGCCACGGUAGCCGGAUCAUUUGUAACGCUUGUAAAAACAAAUGCCACGCAGGACAUAGAAUUGAUCCAAAUCCUAUUCAAACCAAUAGUGGAUUUUGUGACUGCGGAGCUGGAGAUCUCCCUUGCAAGUGCCAAUGCAUGGGAAGAAAGAAUAUUAUCAAAGUAAAUGAUUAA